AAAUUCCAACGGAAAAGAUUGAGGAAAUCCAAGUAAUAGAAGUUGAUCAAGGCGCUACACUUGAAAUAACGGUAACUUUAUCUCGCGAAAUAAAGGACGUGAAAUGGAAAAAGGAUGAAACGGAAAUAUUGGAGGAUGAUAGGGUGAAAUUUGUACAACAAGGGGUCGUUUAUAAAUUGGUCGUAUCUAAGGUAGACCACGAAGAUAAAGGAAUAUACAGCUUGGAAUUCGAAGGGAAAAAAGUCAAAACACGAGUCAUUAUAAAUGAAAUACCGGUGGAAAAAUUGGAAGAGGUGAACAUUGUAGAAAUCGAAGAGGGAAGUCGAUUAGAUUUAGCAGUCACAUUGCCCCGUAAAGUCGAUACAGUAACUUGGAAGAAGGACGAGACAGAGAUUUUAAAAGACGAUCGAAUAUCCUUCCAACCAGAAGGGGUAGUUCAAAAAUUAGUGAUAUCUAAAGUGGUUCCAGAGGAUAAAGGUGUGUACGCUUUAGAAUUCGAGGGCGAACAAGUUAAAACGGAAGUGGUGGUCAAAGAAAUUCCAACGGAAAAGAUUGAGGAAAUCCAAGUAAUAGAAGUUGAUCAAGGCGCUACACUUGAAAUAACGGUAACUUUAUCUCGCGAAAUAAAGGACGUGAAAUGGAAAAAGGAUGAAACGGAAAUAUUGGAGGAUGAUAGGGUGAAAUUUGUACAACAAGGGGUCGUUUAUAAAUUGGUCGUAUCUAAGGUAGACCACGAAGAUAAAGGAAUAUACAGCUUGGAAUUCGAAGGGAAAAAAGUCAAAACACGAGUCAUUAUAAAUGAAAUACCGGUGGAAAAAUUGGAAGAGGUGAACAUUGUAGAAAUCGAAGAGGGAAGUCGAUUAGAUUUAGCAGUCACAUUGCCCCGUAAAGUCGAUACAGUAACUUGGAAGAAGGACGAGACAGAGAUUUUAAAAGACGAUCGAAUAUCCUUCCAACCAGAAGGGGUAGUUCAAAAAUUAGUGAUAUCUAAAGUGGUUCCAGAGGAUAAAGGUGUGUACGCUUUAGAAUUCGAGGGCGAACAAGUUAAAACGGAAGUGGUGGUCAAAGAAAUUCCAACGGAAAAGAUUGAGGAAAUCCAAGUAAUAGAAGUUGAUCAAGGCGCUACACUUGAAAUAACGGUAACUUUAUCUCGCGAAAUAAAGGACGUGAAAUGGAAAAAGGAUGAAACGGAAAUAUUGGAGGAUGAUAGGGUGAAAUUUGUACAACAAGGGGUCGUUUAUAAAUUGGUCGUAUCUAAGGUAGACCACGAAGAUAAAGGAAUAUACAGCUUGGAAUUCGAAGGGAAAAAAGUCAAAACACGAGUCAUUAUAAAUGAAAUACCGGUGGAAAAAUUGGAAGAGGUGAACAUUGUAGAAAUCGAAGAGGGAAGUCGAUUAGAUUUAGCAGUCACAUUGCCCCGUAAAGUCGAUACAGUAACUUGGAAGAAGGACGAGACAGAGAUUUUAAAAGACGAUCGAAUAUCCUUCCAACCAGAAGGGGUAGUUCAAAAAUUAGUGAUAUCUAAAGUGGUUCCAGAGGAUAAAGGUGUGUACGCUUUAGAAUUCGAGGGCGAACAAGUUAAAACGGAAGUGGUGGUCAAAGAAAUUCCAACGGAAAAGAUUGAGGAAAUCCAAGUAAUAGAAGUUGAUCAAGGCGCUACACUUGAAAUAACGGUAACUUUAUCUCGCGAAAUAAAGGACGUGAAAUGGAAAAAGGAUGAAACGGAAAUAUUGGAGGAUGAUAGGGUGAAAUUUGUACAACAAGGGGUCGUUUAUAAAUUGGUCGUAUCUAAGGUAGACCACGAAGAUAAAGGAAUAUACAGCUUGGAAUUCGAAGGGAAAAAAGUCAAAACACGAGUCAUUAUAAAUGAAAUACCGGUGGAAAAAUUGGAAGAGGUGAACAUUGUAGAAAUCGAAGAGGGAAGUCGAUUAGAUUUAGCAGUCACAUUGCCCCGUAAAGUCGAUACAGUAACUUGGAAGAAGGACGAGACAGAGAUUUUAAAAGACGAUCGAAUAUCCUUCCAACCAGAAGGGGUAGUUCAAAAAUUAGUGAUAUCUAAAGUGGUUCCAGAGGAUAAAGGUGUGUACGCUUUAGAAUUCGAGGGCGAACAAGUUAAAACGGAAGUGGUGGUCAAAGAAAUUCCAACGGAAAAGAUUGAGGAAAUCCAAGUAAUAGAAGUUGAUCAAGGCGCUACACUUGAAAUAACGGUAACUUUAUCUCGCGAAAUAAAGGACGUGAAAUGGAAAAAGGAUGAAACGGAAAUAUUGGAGGAUGAUAGGGUGAAAUUUGUACAACAAGGGGUCGUUUAUAAAUUGGUAGUAUCUAAGGUAGACCACAAAGAUAAAGGAAUAUACAGCCUGGAAUUCGAAGGGAAAAAAGUCAAAACACGAGUCAUUAUAAAUG